AUGAAAACCUGCUUCAGACCGCUCAAGACCUCAGCCUGGGGCAAAGACUUCCAGGUACUGACUCCUGCCGUUCCCCCUGAGCAGCAGAACUGUGAGCAGGAGUGGAGCCCCAGUCUAAGGCAGGAGGACCCAGAACCCACACAGAUUAAAGAGGAACAACAGGAGCUCAGACUCAGUCAGGAGGACUCACCUCAGCCCUCAUAUCUGUACCAAAACCAAACUACUUGUAUUGCCCUCGCCAAUAUGUCCAAACUACAGUUGCUGAAUGUGUUCGUUACCGAGCGUUUGUCGGCGGCUGCUGUGGAGAUAUUCGGGGCGGUUGAGAAGACUAUAGCAGAGUAUCGGGAAGAAAUCUUCCGUUCAGCAGAGGAGAACGAGCGUCUACGGAGGGAGAUGGACAUGAUUAUCAAAUCAGAGAUACAGUUAUACAGAACAGACUUCCAGCUACUCACUCCCUCUGUUCACCCUGAGCAGCAGAACUGUGAGCAGGAGUGGAGCCCCAGUCUGGAGCAGGAGGACCCAGAACCCACACAGAUUAAAGAGGAACAACAGGAGCUCAGACUCAGUCAGGAGGACUCACCUCAGCCCUCAUAUCUGUACCAAAACCAAACUGUGGAUGACGGAGAGAGGAGCUCUCUACCUAUCAUCAUAACUGAGGAGAUCAAAACAGAAGCUGAUGGAGAGGGCUACAGAGUACCAGAACCAACCAGUGAUCAGCCCCUCUCAAAUCAUCCAGACUGCUCUGCUACACUGGAAAAACCAUAUUGGUGUAAACAAUGUGGCAAAAGCUUUACACGUAAGGGAAACUUGACCUUGCAUUUAAAGAUACACACAGGAGAGAAACCUUUUCUGUGCAAACAAUGUGGCAAAAGGUUUAACCAGAAGAGCAACUUGACUAUCCACACAAGGACACACACAGGAGAGAAUCCCUAUCAGUGCAAACAAUGUGGCAAAAGGUUUAACCAUAAGAGCAACUUGACCAGCCAUUCAAGGAUACAUACAGGGGAGAAUCCCUAUCAAUGGAAAGCUAUUUAAGACUUCAUCAGUGUGUUCACACGGGAGAAAUCUUACCAGUGCAAAUAAUGUAAGAUGCAGUAGAUGAUAUAGAGUACAGUAUAUACAUAUGAGAUGAGUAAUGUAGGGUAUGUAAACAUUAUAUUAAGUGGCAUUGUUUAAAGUGGCUAGUGAUACAUUUUUACAUACAUUUCCAUCAAUUCCCAUUAUUAAAGUGGCUGGAGUUGAGUCAGUAUGUUGGCAGCAGCCACUAAAUGUUAGUGGUGGCUGUUUAACAGUCUGACGGCCUUGAGAUAGAAGCUGUUUUUCAGUCUCUCGGUCCCUGCUUUGAUGCACGUGUACUGACCUCGCCUUCUGGAUGAUAGCAGGGUGAACAGGCAGUGGCUCGGGUGGUUGUUGUCCUUGAUGAUCUUUAUGGCCUUCUUGUGACAUCGGGUGGUGUAGGUGUCCUGGAGGGCAGGUACUUUGCCCUCGGUGAUGCGUUGUGCAGACCUCACUACACUCUGGAGAGCCUUACGGUUGUGGGCGGAGCAGUUGCCGUACCAGGCGGUGAUACAGCCCGACAGGAUGCUCUUGAUUGUGCAUCUGUAGAAGUUUGUGAGUGUUUUUGGUGACAAGCCGAAUUUCUUCAUCCUCCUGAGGUUGAAGAGGCGCUGCUGCGCCUUCUUCACAACGCUGUCUGUGUGGGUGGACCAAUUCAGUUUGUCCGUGAUGUGUACGCAGAGGAACUUAACUUUCCACCCUCUCCACUACUGUCCCGUCAAUGUAGAUAGGGGGCUGCUCCCUCUGCUGUUUCCUGAAGUCCACAAUCAUCUCCUUUGUUUUGUUGACGUUGAGUAUGAGGUUAUUUUCCUGACACCACACUCCGAGGGCCCUCACCUCCUCCCUGUAGGCCGUCUCGUCGUUGUUGGUAAUCAAGCCUACCACUGUAGUGUCGUCCGCAAACUUGAUGAUUGAGUUGGAGGCGUGCAUGGCCACGCAGUUGUGGGUGAACAGGGAGUACAGGAGAGGGCUCAGAACGCACCCUUGUGGGGCCCCAGUGUUGAGGUUCAGCGGGGUGGAGAUGUUGUUACCUACCCUCACCACCUGGGGGCGGCCCGUCAGGAAGUCCAGGACCCAGUUGCACAGGACGGGGUCGAGACCCAGGGUCUCGAGCUUGAUGACGAGUUUGGAGGGUACUAUGGUGUUAAAUGCUGAGCUGUACUCGAUGAACAGCAUUCUCACAUAGGUAUUCCUCUUGUCCAGAUGGGUUAGGGCAGUGUGCAGUGUGGUUGCGAUUGCGUCGUCUGUGGACCUAUUGGGUCGGUAAGCAAAUUGGAGUGGGUCUAGGGUGUCCGGUAGGGUGGAGGUGAUAUGGUCCUUGACUAGUCUCUCAAAGCACUUCAUGAUGACGAAAGUGAGUGCUACGGGGCGGUAGGGACUGGGAGGCAGGGACUGGGAUCCUGACUAGUCUCCCAGUCCCUGCCACUGAAAAACAUCUCCACAGCAUGAUGCUGCCACCACCAUGCUUCACCGAAGGGAUGUUGCCAGGUUUCUUGGCAUUCAGGUCAAAGAUUUCAUUCUUGGUUUCAUCAGACCAGAGAAUCUUGUUUUUCAUGGUCUGAGAGUCUUUUAGGUGAAUUUUGGCAAACUCCAAGUGGGCUGUCAUGUGCCUUUCGCUGAGGAGUGGCUUCCGUCUUGCCGCUCUACCAUAAAAGCCUGAUUGGUGGAGUGCUGCAGAGAUGGUUGUCCUUCUUUAAGAUUCUCCCAUCUCCACAGAGUGACUCUGGAGCUCUGUCAGUGACCAUCAGAUUCUUGGUCACCUCCCUGACUAAGGCCCUCCUCCCCCGAUUGCUCAGUUUGGCUGGGCGGCCAGCUCUAGGAGGAGUCAUUGUGGAUCCAAACUUCUUCCAUUUAAGAAUGCUGGAAGUCCAGUACCCAGUUGCACAGGGCGGGGUCGAGACCCAGGGUCUCGAGCUUGAUGACGAGUUUGGAGGGUACUAUGGUGUUAAAUGCUGAGCUGUAGUCGAUGAACAGCAUUCUCACAUAGGAAUUCCUCUUGUCCAGAUGGGUUAGGGCAGUGUGCAGUGUGGUUGCGAUUGCGUCGUCUGUGGACCUAUUGGGUCGGUAAGCAAAUUGGAGUGGGUCUAGGGUGUCCGGUAGGGUGGAGAUGAUAUGGUCCUUGACUAGUCUCUCAAAGCACUUCAUGAUGACGGAAGUGAGUGCUAUGGGGCGGUAGUCAUUUAGCUCAGUUACCUUAGCUUUCUUGGGAACAGGAACAAUGGUGGCCCUCUUGAAGCAUGUGGGAACAGCAGACUAGGAUAAGGGUUGAUUGAAUAUGUCCGCAAAUACCCCAGCCAGCUGGUCUGCGCAUGCUCUGAGGACGCGGCUGGGAAUGCCGUCUGGGCCUGCAGCCUUGCGAGGGUUAACGCGUUUAAAUGUUUUACUCACCUCAGCUCCAAUGAAAUCAUCAGUCAGUAUUAGAUUUCUUAGCUGAAACUAGCUCUCACUUUCAGAGACCUACAGUGCAUUAAGAAAGUAUUCAGACCCCUUGACUUUUUCCAUUUUGUUACAUUACAGCCUUGUUCUAAAAUUGAUUAAAUCGUUUUUUUCCCUCAUCAAUCCACACACAAUACCCAAUAAUGACAAAGCAAAAACAGUUUUUUCAAAAUUUUUGCAAAUUGAUCUCUCUGUACUUUGCUCCGUUCAGCUUUGCCUCGAUCCUGACUAGUCUCCCAGUCCCUGCCACUGAAAAACAUCUCCACAGCAUGAUGCUGCCACCACCAUGCUUCACCGAAGGGAUGGUGCCAGGUUUCUUGGCAUUCAGGUCAAAGAUUUCAUUCUUGGUUUCAUCAGACCAGAGAAUCUUGUUUUUCAUGGUCUGCGAGUCUUUUAGGUGAAUUUUGGCAAACUCCAAGUGGGCUGUCAUGUGCCUUUCGCUGAGGAGUGGCUUCCGUCUUGCCGCUCUACCAUAAAAGCCUGAUUGGUGGAGUGCUGCAGAGAUGGUUGCCCUUCUGGAAGGUUCUCCCAUCUCCACAGAGUGACUCUGGAGCUCAGUCAGAGUGACCAUCAGAUUCUUGGUCACCUCCCUGACUAAGGCCCUCCUCCCCCGAUUGCUCAGUUUGGCUGGGCGGCCAGCUCUAGGAAGAGUCUUUGUGGUUCCAAACUUCUUCCACAGAGGCUACUGUGCUGUUGAGGACCUUCAAUGGAGCAGAAAUGUUUUGGGACCCUUUCCCAGAUCUUUGCAUCGACACAAUCCUGUCUCGGAGCUCUUCAGACAAUUCCUUCAAGCUCAUGGCUUGGUUUUUUCUCUGACAUGCACUGUCAACGGUGGGACCUUUAUAUAGACAGGUGUGUGCCUUUCCAAAUCCUGUCCUAUCAAUUGAAUUGUAGAAGUUGUAGAAACAUCAAGGAUGAUCAAUGGAAACAGGAUGCACCUGAUGUCAAUUCCCAGUCUCAUAGCAAAGGGUCUGAGUAUUUAUGUAAAUACUGUAUCUGUUUUUUAUUUGUAAUACAUUUGCAAACAUUUUCUAAACUGUUUUCGCUUUGUCAUUAUGGGGUAUUGUGUGUAGAUUGCUGAGAAUUAUUACUUUUUAAAUCAAUUUUAGAAUAAGGCUGCUAUGUAACAAAAUGUGGAAAAGGUGAAGUAGGACACUGCUGGCUUCAGGAAGCCCUCACCAUAUCAUUUGAGGAAAAAUGUCUCUGUAUUUGUGUUUUUUGUUUUUAAUGCGUUGGUUGUUUUGUGUAAAGAAGAUUUUUUUUUUUAUGAAUUGUCUACAAAUAAAGAAAAAGAAGCCCUCACUGCUGUGUCUAGCACAGAGCACACAUUUGGAUUUCUGAACAAUAGGAGUUCUUAUUCAAUUGUUUAACAAUGACAUACAGGCUAUUUGGGCCACUAUCUUCUAUCUGUACUGACAACUGCAUGUUAGAAUAUUGAAGUAGCUCAUCACAUCUGUAUUGACUCAAUACAGCAAAUCAUUUGUUUUAAUAAAGUCGUUUUUUCAAUGGAUGUCAUAGUGAAACCCUAUUUUUCUCUGUUGAACAUGAUUUCUGUGCUGGUUCAUAUUAGGCAGGUUUAAUACAUCCUCUAUCAGCUCUAUUUCCUGCCUCUUACCCCCAACCCUAUCCUGGACCGUUUUCAUAAAGCGUCUGAGAUGAGGGCCUAUCUAGGAUCAGUUCACCCCUUCCCAUUCAUUAUAAUUUACAUAAAUCAUCUCAAAUGAGUGCUGAUCUAGGAUCAGAUUGGCCCUGUACAUUCAUUAUAAUUGAAAAAGCAAAACUAGAUCAGCACUCCCACUCAUACGCUUUGGAUCCGAUUCCGAUUUAGGAAAUUAUGCCUUUUUUACCCACUUCUCAGUAGUUGGUAUUCAGACUUACCAUAUGAAGGUGCGUAAUGGGCUUUGCAGGCGUGAUUCUUUUAUGUGCGCUGAACAAAUGUAAUUCAACCGCUGAAAACCGCUGGCCAACAGAUGUUCUCACUGAGGUUUAAUUCAGCAAGGUUUUCAGGUCAUUUAUCUUAAGCCGCGAUCCCUUUAAAUACAGUGUACCUUCAAUUAGAAUUUUGUCGACAGACUAGAAUACACUGAGAGAACGAGUUCAGAAAAUAGGGGUAAAUGAAAGAAAGCCAUCUAAAUAUUAUUUUUUUUAAUCAAUAUCCCUAUUUUCUGAACCCGUUCUCUCGAUGUAUUCUAGUCUGUCGACAAAAUUCUAAAUAUUGCGCCAUGGGUUUGGUUAAAAUUGUCACGGCUCAGUCUGUGCCCCAGCUCCAGAACGAUUUAAUUAGCCUACAUCCGUUUUUUUGGUAACACUUUACUUGACACUUAGCAUCAUAACGUGUUAUAACACGGUCAUAUUCAUGUCAAAAUAUGUCAUAACAGCUGACAUAACAUAAUAUCGUCUUAACACUGCCAUGACCCAUAUAUUUACACCUGUUGUGACAUAUUGCGUUAUUUUAUGGCUGGUUAAGACACCUACAUAAGAGUGUCAAAAUCUACAUUUAUUCAAAAGUGUUUUUUCGCUGCUAAGAAUUGUCCUUUAGUUUGAAAGUUUGCCAAGAGUGCGCAAAGCUGUAAUCAAGGCAAAGGGUGGCUAUUUGAAGAAUCUCAAAUAUAAAAUAUAUUUUGAUUUGUUUAAUACUUUUUUGGUUACUACAUAAUUCCAUAUGUGUUAUUUCACGGUUUUGAUGUCUUCACUAUUAUUCCACAAUGUAGAAAAUAGUAAAAAUAAAGAAAAAUCCUUGAAUGAGUAGGCGUUCUGAAUCUUUUGACCAGAAGUGUACACACAUUACAUUUGAAAUAAAUAGUCAUCAGACAUCUCCGGUAUACAUUAUGUAGUUAUGUAGAAAUCUUACUUUGUGCAUCUUGUCUUUGGUGUCAUAAACAAUCCUUGCUUCCUGCCUGUGCUUGGUAAGGAUAUGAGAGGGGCCCUUAUGACCUCCUCCUUUAGACUAGUUGGCAGAACGCCCAGAAUAUGUUCUUUAAGUUAAGAUACGAGACAGUGCAAGACACAUGCCGGAACUAACCCUAUGAACUAUGCCUAUGUAACGUGUCUGUAACCAGUCUAUAAGUGAACUAAACGGGACUGCCCCAUUAGAGCUUCUGACAGACGUUCACUAUGGUGCAUUAAGUUUGUUGAUUUAAGGUUGACUUCGGGUGUCCCUAUGUAAGAAUUUCCAUGACAUAGUGUUUUCAGUAAUAACCAUUACAGAUCAUGGACUGAGAGCUUUACUCUCAGUCCAUCCCACUUAUCUCCAUAGACCACACUCUUUUGAUUUCCAAGUGCCGUUUUUCAACUGUGUUGUGAUGUUUUACAUACAUUUUGCAUACUAUACACAGAUUGUGAGCUAAAGAUUAACAUCUUUCCUAUGAGUGUUAUUAUUUUGUUGAUUGAUUGACUAUUGCAUUCCAAAUCACCCAACACUGCUAUUUGUAAGAUUAAUUGUCAGGUUUUGGCCAGGACUGUUCAGGUUUUGGUCACUAGAUGUCCCCAUUGCACCUUUUUUGUACCUUUUGUUUUUCCUUGCUCUAAUUAUUGUUUGCACCUGUGUGUCGUUCCCUUGUUAGUAUUUAAACCCUGUGUGUUCCUCAGUUCCUUGCUCAGUGUUUGUAUGUUAGCACCCAGCCCCAGCCCAAGCCUUGUUCUGAACAUAUUAUUCUCUUAUUGGAUUUUCCAGAGGUUCUCUGGUUUAGUUCUUGUGUAUUUUUGAGUAGUCUUUUGAGGUUUGUUUUUCCCUGCUGUUUUUACCACUUUAUGGAGUUUCUUUGUAUUUUGGAGGAUAUCCAUUUUGUGCUUCUUGACUUUAUGUUUGGACAUUGUGGAUUUAGAUUCUUUGCCUGAAGAUUUUGUUCUUUAAUUAAACCACCAUCUCUAGUACUGCUGUGUCUGCCUCAUCUUCUGGGUUCUGACGAUUAUUAGUGACUGUUUCUCGCACCGGGUCCUGACAUUAAUUUUAAAUUAAUGUUAAUUGUUCAGCCAUUCCUGAACCUGUGACCAGAAACAAGCUAUAUUGGGGCAAUACCAGAAUAAAUCAAUGGAGGCUUCUCAGAGGAGUAAGGGGAAGACCAUCCUCCUUAGGGAAUUUCAUAAACAAAUAAAUAAGAAACAUUAACAAAGUUAUCCUUUAUAGAUAAAACUAUACUAAAUAUUAUUUAUUUGUGUUGUUCCAAAUGUCUGAAUAAAAAUUACAGUUAGUACAGAA